UGUUUUCUUGCAGACAUUUCAUUACCAAACUAGGUAACAUCAUCAGUGCUAGAAGGAUGUGGGGUUUGAGCUCUGUAAAUCCUGUAAAUGUAGCACUGGUGAUGUAACCCAGUUGGGUAAUGAAACACCAGCAAAAAAACCAACAAGCUCAGAGCAUCAAGCUUCCCACAGUUCUUCUUCUUCUUCUUGAAGUUUGGGAAUUCUGGGAGUUGAAGUCUGUACAUCUAAAAGUCACCAAGGUUGAGAAACUUUGUCUAGUCACUUUCAAAAAUGUUUCCCCAUCAGAAUCCUCAUAUGUUUUGUCACAAUCUAGGCGAUGGCAGCUAUCAAUCAAUCAAUUUAUUACAGCCUUAGACCAGAACAGAUAAAAACGCUCAGUUAAAAAUUCUAGUAUAAAAUAACAAAUAACAACUAAAAUCUGGAAUAAAAUCCAGGCCAAUGGCAGCUAAAUUACAAGGGCUGGCAGAAUGAGCUCCGACACAGGUUGACAUGAUGACGUCUGAAUAAUGGCCCAGUGUAGCAAAGGCCUUCUGAAUGUUUCACCAAGGGGGGUUGUGGGAAAAGGCAGCCACCUUCCAUGCUCGAUGCUAUCUGGGAAACGGAUCUUGGCAACUACCAGCACGGAGGUCCGAAUGCUCCUUCUUCUGUAUCUGGGCCCAACAGAUGACACACGGGGCUCUUCUCCAGUGGUGGGCAAAGAGCCGCUGUGGUGUUGCUGCAGGGUGCACAGAAGCGACAACUUUCAACCGCUUGUUUAUUUUGGCUCUGGACACUCACUCGUCUGGCUGACAUCACAUCCUGAGAGCAGGGAGACCGGCACCUCCACCGGCAGGGUGGGCACAGCCCAGGCAAUCUGAACGAGUGCCGGGACCUGCUCUCUCUCUCAUUUCAAGGUGGACAGAGAAGGCCAAGGGGACUGGCUCUGCCCCCGAGGUCUCCAAGAGGCUUUCCUGCUAUGGGUGACCCAGAAGAGCUGGGGAAAGCUUGAAGAGCAAGCGGACAAGGAAGAGGCCAUUAAGUGGGGGAAGGAACAUGGAUUCUUGCCCAGAACUUCAACUUUUGCAAUUCCACAAUGAUUUCUGGUAACUUGCCCGUUUGGGUGAUUUUACUCGUACCUCUCGCCUUCUGGGCAUCCGAGAGUCUCCAGAUGGCAUCGCCAGGCACUGCUGAGCCCAAGAGCAAGCGCAUCCCAGAGCAGCUUCCCCUCCAAAUCUUCCAAACCGUCCUGUUGAAACGGCUGGGCCUGCAAAGGCGGCCAGAGCCCAAACCCAAACUGAUGGUCCCCCAGUACCUGCUGGAUCUAUACCGGUUUUCCUCCAGGAAGCCUCCAGCGUCUCCAAAGGACACCGAGCAACCCUUCCUGGAAGGCCGAGAAGCGACAGCCAACACCGUGCGCACCUUCCAUCAUGUUGAGGAUUCGGUGCAUGUCUCUGAAAGCGCAGGAAAUGCGUUCUACUUCCUGUUCAACCUCACCGUGCUGCCUGUGGAGGAGGAGUUGACCGCCCUUGAGCUGCGUCUCUACCACUCCUCGAAGGAAAGCCACGGCUUAUACAUCCACAUUUACCACGCCGUGGAUCCCCCACCUGUGGCCCCAAACAAGAGCCGGCUCCUCACGUGCAAAUUGGUGACUCCCAGCCAGCCUCAAUGGGUGAGUUUUGAUGUGACGGCUGCUUUCCGGGAAGCAAGAGAACGGAAGCGUGACCUUGGCCUUCUGGUCGAGGUGCAGCCUUCGAACCGCAGCCAAGACCUUCCGCGCCAACAGGUUCCCCUGCGUGCAAGACGCUCUCCCGGCCAAGAGGAGGCCCAGUGGGCUCUCGAAAGACCUUUACUGGUCACCUACAGCCGUGACCGAAGAGGGCAACCUCUGACCAACCAAAAAAGGCAAAGCAGAAGCCGCCCCGUUAGAGGCAAAGGAGCGACCAAAGCCACAGUCUCUGCCAGGAAGCACAAGGGCCUGAGGCCAAAGGUGAAAAGCGGCACCAGGUGCAGAAGGCACCGCCUCUUUGUGGAUUUCAAGGCGGUGGGAUGGAACGACUGGAUCAUUGCUCCUAGUGGCUACCAUGCUUUCUACUGCUCGGGGGACUGCCGCUUCCCGCUGGCUGACCACAUGAACUCUUCCAGCCAUGCUGUGGUGCAGACCAUCCUGAACUCGGUGAACUCCAAAGUGCCCAAGGCCUGCUGUGUCCCCACAGAGCUCAGCCCCAUUGCUAUGCUUUACCUAGACCAGAACGAUAUGGUGGUCCUCAAGACCUACCAAGACAUGGUGGUGGAGGGAUGCGGGUGCCGCUAG